AUGAGGGUCCUCUUGGACAAAGUAACUACUGAUAUAGCUGUUAAGAAAUGUGGAGUCAACCUUUCCUCUAUUUGUAAUUGCUGCAUUAUUCACAAAGAGGAGAAUGCUUUUCAUCUGUUCAGUGAGAGUGAUAUGGCCAAUAAAGUAUGGGAUUUCUUUUGCAAUUCAUGUGGCAUUAAUUUUAGCAAAGGAUUGGUUAGACAUAGGGCAAUGAAGUGGUGGCUUGUCAAAGCCAAGAAUGAUGUUCAUAGAACUAUCCUUCAGUGCAUACCAACAGCGAUCUGCUGGCAUAUUUGGAAAAGCAGAUGUUCAGCAAGGUUUGACAAUAUUAAGAUGUCGGGUUGGUUCAUAAUUCAGCAAGUGAUCAAAUUCAUUAAGUUGGUCAUUAAUUUGCAAUUUCCAGACCUUCGGAUUCCUGUAGAUUGGCAUGAUGUUUGUAAGGAAGUCGACCAACUGAAACCUAUGAUUGUGUCUGUGGCUGUAUACUGGCUCAAACCUGACUUUGGUUGGGUUAAACUUAAUGUGGAUGGCUGUAGUAAAGGGAACCCGGGAUCUUCAGGAGGGGGUGGCAUUAUUAGAGAUCAUAAUGGAUCCGUGAUAUGCGCUUUUGCUGAGUAUUAUGGGGAUUGUAGUAACAAUCUUGCAGAAGCUAAGGCAAUGCUUAGAGGUAUCAUUCUAUGUAUCAAUAGUGGUUUCACUAACGUGAUAGUUGAAUCAGACUCUAUGAUUAUUCUAAAUUUGAUCAAGAGAAUUAAAAAGCCACCUUGGCAGCUAAAUCACAUUAUUGAACAAGUUAUGGAUUUGAUCAAGAAUGACAACUUUAUCUUCUGUCACACUCUUAGAGAGGGUAACAACACUGCAGACAUGUUGGCAAAUCUAGGAGAGGAGGCCAAGAAUACAUUUAUCUUCAGUGGGACUGUUUCCAUUCCUUCUAAUAUUAGAGCCUCAAUAAAGUUAGAAACUGAUGGACUACCAAACUUCAGAUUCAGCAAAAAGAAGAACAAAUAUGUCAUUCAUGACAGUGGAUAA